AUGUACAAACCGUGGGCAACUGUGAAUAUUUUCAUAGUUUCUUUUCUACAUCUGCUGCAAGGAUCUGACUAUGAGAAUGGAUCUGUGAAGAGGACUUCUCUGUCAGCAUUGGAGCGGUCAGAACAGCAGAUUCGGAGAGCAUCCAGCCUGGAAGAGCUGCUUCACAUCACUCACUCUGAGGACUGGAAGCUGUGGAAGUGCAGGCUAAAACUCAAGAGCCUGGCCAACUUAGACUCCCGCUCUGCUUCACAUCGCUCUACCAGAUUUGCUGCUGCUUUCUAUGAUAUUGACACACUGAAAGUCAUAGAUGAAGAAUGGCAAAAAACUCAGUGUGUGCCAAGGGAAACCUGUGUGGAAGUUGCCAAAGAGCUGGGUACAACAACCAACAAAUUUUUCAAGCCUCCCUGUGUGAACGUGUUCAGAUGUGGAGGCUGCUGCAAUGAGGAGAGUCUCAGCUGCAUGAAUACAAGUACAACUUAUGUGUCAAAAACGCUCUUUGAGAUCUCGGUUCCCUUGACAAGUGUUCCUGAGCCUGUGCCCAUCAAGAUUGCCAAUCACACGGCCUGUAAAUGUACAUCAAAUACCCAGCGCCACCAGUACACCAUCAUACGAAGAUCUGUCCAGUACCCAGAAGAAGAUGGAUGUCCCUUUACCAACAAAUUUUGCCAUAAUGGAUGGAUCUGGGAUAGUGACAAAUGUGAAUGUGUUAUAGACACACAGCACUCCAACAGACGAGAAGGACUCCCUCCUCUUGCUGAGCUGGCUAUGUGUGGGCAACAUAUGGAAUUUGAUGAAGAAAAUUGUGAAUGCAUCUGUAGACAAAAGUGUCCCACAGAUUUCUUUCAAAGUAAAGAGAACUGCAGCUGCUAUUUGUGUAGGGAGAGCCAGGAGAGCUGUGCUCUAAAACACAAGAUAUUUCAUGCUGAAACCUGCAGUUGUGAAGACAGAUGUCCAUCCCAACCCAGAACAUGCCCAACUGCCAAACCAGUGUGUUCCAGGCAUUGUCGCUGUCCAAAGGAGAAGAGAGGUUCUCAUGGGUCCCAAAGCAGAGAAACUCCUUGA